CAUUAACCUUUCAAAAUUCAAAAAAGUGGCGCUUUUAUCUUCCUCUCUCCACCCCUAACAUCUCUGGCUUUUUACGGUCACCCAUUUCUCUUUCCAGCUAAGAAGUAAAUCCCCAGGGCUCUGAAGAUACAUCUGGUAAUCAAUGGCAAAUGAAAGCAGUGCCAAAAGUUAUGAAGAUGCUCGAUACCAGACACUUUUAGCCAACAAAAGACGAUUGGAGGAUUUGGGGAUCUUGAAGCUAUCUAAAAGCCUAUCUGAUCUCAAAAAAAAUGACGAGUCCCAGCUUCGGCAUAUUAGACCAAAACCAACUACUAUUUAUUCGUCAGAGCCGAGACGCUCAACUCGUGCACGCAAUCCAGUUACAUCAUACCGUGAUGAUGUUGCGGUCGAGCAUCUUCCACUGCGUAAGAGAACAAAGUUGAAUUCCUCAUGGACAACCUAUCUAGCACGGCCGGUGGAAGAAGUUAGAACUGCUACGUAUGAAGAAAAAGCUCAAGCUUUGAAGUGUGCAGAGAAGCGCCAAAGCUAUCUAGAUUCUGAAAAUCCAUCUUUCGUCAAAUCAAUGCUUCGAUCUCAUGUUUAUAGUUGCUUCUGGUUGGGGCUUCCGACUAAAUUUUGUGAGAACCAUCUUCCCAAAACCACAGUAGAUAUUGUACUAGAGGAUGAAGAAGGCUCAGAAUAUGAGGCUAUUUACAUUAGCAAGAGAACUGGGCUUAGUGGAGGAUGGAGAGCAUUUGCGUUGGAUCAUAAACUGGAUGAUGGUGAUGCUUUAAUAUUUGAACUGAUUGAACCCACAAGAUUUAAGGUUUACAUAGUUAGAGCACACGAAUGUACAAAUCAAGAUGAUGAAAACCCGGUUGCAGAAGUUGAGAGUAAUGCUGAGGAAACACCUAAGGAGGUCAAAAAGCGUGGAAAGAAGAACUAUUCAAGAAAAUCUAAGAAAGAAAAAUCUUCACCAGUUCUUGCCACCAGACGGAGUUUGAGAAGAAAGUGAAUCUAUGUUGAUCAAAAGACUAAAAUGUAAGUUAUUGAAUUCCAAGAGUGGUAAUUGUGAAAGACAAUAGAACUGGCACUUUAUGGGAUUAUCAGAAAUUUACUGGAAGGGGACAAAUGAUGAAUUUACUUGUUUUGUGUCACUUGUUGAGAAUGGCUAGGGGUGUCAACUAGGAGUCUGGGAUGGCUUAGGCUUGGCCUGUCUAGAAAAAAAGUAGUCUCAACAUGGCUCAUGUUUUGUUACAGGCGGUCUAUUCUAGUUUUACCCCUCUAAGAAUGGCUUUUGUGUAGUUCAGAACAAGUCCAUGAUCAUUAGUUUAGCAGCAUAUUUGUGAUUAUCAGAAUCAUUAGUGUUUACACCUCUAAUCAAGUGGCUCAUACUGUAUUCAGAUCAAAAUGUUUAAGAAAAUUACUACGAUUUAAACAAAA